CGGGCCUUAUAUCCAUAACCUCUGAUUCCACAUCUGGACCCGUUCCGAGAAAUUAUUGUCUCGAUAUCGAAAUUUUCCGAAUAUUGAUAAGGAGUCAAUUCUUCUGUCAAAUCGAUAGUGAACGCAUCGAAAGAUGAUUCUUGGAAAGUAUCCAUUUUUAGUAAUCCUAUCUGCCUUCUUCUGUCGUUCUUGGUGUUUUUCUAACGAAAUUAAGGAGUCUUGGUACAGACACAGUCAGUCGGUUGACAAUUUCAAAUGUCAAAUUCCGCAGGCGAGGAGUUUCGAAAUACCGGAAUUGUUCGAACAGGAUGAUCCAUUGGUGUUGCAUGUAGAGAAUGUUUAUCCAUCGACUACCAUCUUACAUAGAUGCGAAAACGCAGGAUGUUGUUCUGGGAUGAAGCACUGCGCGCCCAAUACCACAGAAAUAGUCAAUUUGAUAUUUGGAAUAGUUCAACCGGGCGUUUCUAAAAUAGACUACGUUAACAAGGAUGUGGUCAAUCACACGUCUUGUUCCUGCGAGAUGAAGAGGAUCGAUUGAGACGAAGGACUCCCCAAUUUCAUUUGCAAGGGAAUUUGGAAAAGUUCGUCAUGUUGAUUAUAUUAUGAAAUUAUUAUUUUCGAAAUGACAAAACAUGGACCUGAGUAAAAUUUUGUUAUUA